GAAAUUCUCUUCACUCUUCGUUUUUCUCUCACCCUCUCUUCAAGGAUGAGGUCAGUGCUGCACUACACGGCGGCCGUCGCGGCGGUUAUUGUGACUGCUUGGUUUGCGUACAACAGCGACGGCGUUGGGCCAUCCGAGGAUUCUGCUGAAACAUCCUUCGGCGUUGCAAAGGUUUGGCAUUACGAGGCUGUUCCAAUUGAGAACGGCGCCGUUGGACCAGAGAGCUUCGCCUUCGAUCCCGCCGGCGAAGGCCCUUACACCGGCGUCUCCGAUGGAAGAAUCAUCAAAUGGAACCGCCUUCAGAAUCGUUGGCUGAACUUUGCUGUCACUUCUUCACGCGGAGAUGAUGAGUGUGGAGGACCAUAUGUUGAACAUCCCAAGACAGAACACAUUUGUGGGCGUCCACUUGGAUUGUGUUUCAGCAUACCAUCUGGUGACCUCUACGUUGCUGAUGCUUACAAGGGCCUAGUUGUUGUUGGCCCCAAUGGUGGCACUGCUAGAAACGUAGUAUCAAAGGUAGAAGGUGAACCCUUGGUGUUCAGUAACAGUGUUGACAUUGAUCAAAGAACUGGAGCAGUGUACUUCACCAGCAGCAGUUCAAAAUAUGAGAGGAGGAAUUACGUAUCUCUCAUCCUAAGCAGAGAUAAAACAGGGAAGCUAAUGAAAUAUGUACCACAAAAGGAACAAGUUAGCGUUCUUCUAAACAAUCUUUCAUUUGCAAAUGGGGUAGCACUAAGCAAAGAUGGUGACUAUAUUCUAAUUGUAGAGACCACCAAUUGCAGAGUACUAAGAUAUUGGCUAGAAACGCCUAAAGCUGGAACCUUGGAAGUCUUUGCAGAUCUACCAGGUUUCCCAGACAACAUCAAACGGAGUCCAAGAGGGGGAUUUUGGGUGGGAAUUUACUCAAGAAGAGAAAAACUUAUCCAAUGGAUUCUAUCAUAUCCCUGGAUUGGAAAAACUGUGGUUAGGCUUCCUUUGGACAUCACAAAAGCUUAUUCAUAUUUGGCUAAACUGAAAGGAAGUACUGGAUUGGCUAUUAGGCUAAGUGAACAAGGUGAUGUGUUGGAAAUUGUUGAAGACAGUAGUGGUACUAGAGGGAGGUCUAUUAGUGAAGUUGAGGAAAGAGAUGGGGUAUUAUGGGUGGGAUCCGUAGAUGCACCCUUUGCUGCUAAGUGUAGUAUUCUUGUAGCACAAGGAUAAAGCAAAAGGAUGUAAGAUGUUUUUUUAGUGAUUGUCUACAUGAUAGUAUAAGGAAAAGGGAUAUGGGCUAUGUUACCAAAAAAGAAGAAGGAUAUGGGCUAUGGGCUAUGGCUGUCCUAGUAUGUGGAAUUAAAGAUAUUCUUGCAUAGUUGUGAAGGAAAAUUCGCAUGUUGUGAAAUUAAAUGCACAUGCAGGGCACUCUCAAGUCUUCUAAUUGCGAAUGGAAGUUUUAAAGAAGCCUCUCAGACUUACAAAAUAAGUGAUUCAACUCUCAAGUGAUCAAGACCAAUAAUAAAAAAAAAAACACUACUCUAGUGGUGAAGAGUUUGGAUAUGUUGUAUUAAGUUAUAUGUUUAAUUUCUACUUGUAUAAAAAAAGAAAAAGAAAAUUCUAAGUAAUUAAGGCUAGAUAUAG